AUGGCUCGAGUCACCUUCGUCUGCUGCCUAGCUAGCGCUGCAGCAGGAGUUUGGCUUGCUGCUGCGCCUCCAGCAGCAGCAAUUUCCCCUCCUUUGCCUCGCUUUGCGCUGGCCCCGGAGGCCGAAGAGCCCUCUGCUGCAGCAGCAGCAGCAGCAGCAGAAGAGGAGGACCUCGCGGCCUUCCUGGAGGCCUCCCCGCCCGGCGGGGAGGGGGGGGCCCCCGAGAGCCCCGAGGCCUCUCCCGAGGGCCCGCAGGAGGGGGGGGCCCCCGGGGGGGCCCCUGGAGGGGCCCCCGGGGCGCCUGGGGCUCCCGGAGGGUCUGUGAGGCUGCGAGUCACCACCGAAGGAGAUGGGCCCCUGUCCGCCGAAGCAGCAGCACGGGGGGCCCGAGGGUACCAGGCCUACUUGGCGUCUGCUGCAGCAGCAGAGGGGGGCCCCCCUGCUGCAGGAGAGGGCCCUUCGACUUCGAGGGAGGCCCCGGGGGCCUCCCCGCCUGCGAAGCGGCGGCGGACGUCGCUGGGGGCCCCUGCAGCAGGGGAGGGCCCCCUGCGGCGGUGGGAGCAGCCUGCUGCUGGGACUGCAGCAGCAAUCCGGCAGCAGCUGGAGGAGCGGGAGCAGCAGCGGCAGCGCGAGCAGCAGCUGCAGCACGUGCAGCGCACCCCCGGGCGCGCAGCAGCAGUGCAGGCGCGGCUAAACGCGUGGGUGGCGGAGGGCAACAAACUGCCAGAGUCCGAGAGAAGAAGAAGGAUGUUAGAACAAUAUAUGAACUUGGAAAAAGUCAAAAAGUUGAGGAAAAAACUCGACGAAGAAGCAGAAGCCAGGGCCAAAUACAUCGAAGGCGAGUUCAAAAAGAACCCCCACUGGGGGCCCCUCAAGGCCGAAAACCCUUUGCUGCCUUUUGCCCAGAGAGAGGCCGACGAGGCCUACAGGCGGUUCGGCAGGGGCGCUCCCUCUGCGGGGCCCCUCAGGGAGAAGAUGCUGCAGGCCCGCAGGAAGUAA